AAACCGCGGAGGAGACAUGGGGUAGUGCAUGAUAGAGCCUCAGGGGAGUUUUCAGUUCUUUAUCUAACAGUGGCUUGUCGCAAGAUGGAUCUCUUUCGGGCGUACUCUGAGAAAUGAAUCACAUUUGCCCUGGUUGAUCACCACUGAACGUGCAGCAAGUACGUUGACUAAGUAGUCGAGGGUCACAUAUCUAGACGAUGGUUGGCGUUGCGGGAAAGUCGAAAGCCUGCAAUACAUGCAGGAAAAGGAAGGUGGCGUGCGACUUGCAACGGCCUCAAUGUUCGCAAUGCAUCAAGUCAAACCGCGUCUGUACGGGGUAUCAGCGCAAACGCAUUUUCAUCUUCCAUCAAGGAACUCAAGAGACACACUAUGAGACCUCAAUAAAUGGUCCUGGGGCAUCAACUACUCCCGUUUCUCGCUCGACAACGAGCCCAUAUCAAGAAUCAAACAUCACCUUCUUCUCGACUCAUACCCGUGGGAGAAGAUCCUCUCCGCGAACAAGAAACCAAAUAUCUACUCUCGAAUCAAACCGAAGCUUACUCCACGUCACCUACCGCAAGCAACUCUUCAACGCUUAUCUACGCAGCCACAUACCGCCCUCACAACUCCAAUCACUCGGAACGCCAUGGCUAGCACUCAUCCCCGAGCUGGCUUCUCCCACCGAGGCACUGGAAACAUCAACCUUGGCUCUGGCAACAUCCAAACUAGGUAGAUUGAACAACGAUCCUAUCCUCACCAGAGAAAGUCUACGACUCUACACCUCCGCGCUGCGCCAGCUGCAGAAAGCCCUCUGGGACCCAGGACUGAUGUAUCGAGACGAAACCCUAGCUGCGUGUAUGGCACUGGCGAUGUAUGAGAUGAUGGAAUGUCCCUCGGGGGAUAAAAGCGGGUAUAUGAGCCAUUGUAACGGCUUAGGAACACUAGUGAGGUUAAGAGGACCAGAGGCGCACAUUGGGGGGUUAGGACAUCAUGUUUUUCUAGCCUUUAGAGUCCAUGCUACCCUACAAGACAUGCACCACCACUCGCCCUCAUACAUCUCUUCCUCCACAUGGACCAGCAUCCCAUGGAUAAACAUCCCCAAGACUGAAUUCGACCAAUUCUUCGACCUCUUCGUUCGUGGCCCUGCGACAUUCCAAGCCGUCGACCGUCUGGACGGCGCAGAACCACUAGAAAAACUCCGCAUUGCACUCAGCAUCGUCCACUCAUGCUGGGAGUUGGAUGCGGAUCUAGCUACGUUUUAUGAACAGUUUGAGAAAUCGUCGUUGGGUCCGUUGUAUUGGCCGGAAUUCGCAAAACCCCGUAUCUACAGGAAGGGUCAACGUGAUACUGAUAAUGAUUAUGCCGAUGACGACGACGAUGAUGAUGAUGCUUGGAAUAAUAUAUCACUAUUCCCAAUAUCCCUCCACUUCCCGAAUCUCGGAACCGCUCGAACAAUCAUUUUAUACUGGGCUACGCUCACCAUGCUCUGGUCUGGUCUGUAUCAGCUAUACGGACUCAUUUACGCCCUUAAAGAAACCAUCAUCGAUCCCAAUUCCAACAACGAACACGAACGUGAAGACCACAACACUAAUACUCCUCCUACAUCUGCUGCUAACUCUAACACCAACGAUACUGACACUAACAAUCUAACAUUCCUAAUAACCCACCUCCCACCCCUCGAUCACAGAAGAGACUUCGCAUCCAUGGCCCGCAACGUAUGUCAAUCCGUCGAAUACUGCAUGCAAGAAGAGAUGCUGGGUCUAGGACCGAUAAUCCUUCCUGCGCCGCUGGGGAUUGUGAUUGAUACGAUGAAGGGGUAUGAGAGUUUUGCGAGGGAGGUGAGAUGGGCGAGGAAGGUGAUGAGGAGGAUUUCAGAGGGGGGGUUGAGGAUUUUGGAAUAAUUUUUCUCUUUUGGGGGGUUUUCGUUUACGAAUGUUUAGAAUUGAUUGGAGCUGGCUCCAUGUAUGUUGGAGGGUGGUUUUAUUUCCUGUUUUUCUUCUUCUAGAUCCUGUGAAACCAUAAAUGGACCCCCGGCAUGAUACAUCACUACUGGAACAAUCAAAACUACACGUAUCCGAUCCGGAUAAGAUACGACAAAAGAAAGGAAAGUCUA